AUGUCCAACAUCAUCGCCUGGCUGGUCCCGACGGCGCGCAACUCCACCGCCGACAAGGCAACCCACCUCCCCUCCAACAUCUCCCGCACCGUCCUCACAACUUCAUCUCAAACCCUCACCUCGCGUCUCCCAAACCUCCUCACCAGCCGUCCUCCCCGCGCCAUCCAACUCACAUUCGACGCGGCCCCAAAGCGUCCCGGCUCCUUCGUCCUCGGUACAGACCCAGCAUCCUGCGAUGUUGUUCUCCCGCCGAUGGAGGGUGUUGACGCGCGACACUGCGAGUUGAGCUUUGACGCCGAGGGAAGACUUGUUCUCAAUGACUUUUCUGAGAGAGGAACGCAGGUCUGGUAUGACUGGGAGAGCAACGGCGAUCAGACAGACUACACAUGGAUCCUAAGCUCAGGCUCUCAACACGGAUUCCCGAGUACAGUGCAGCGCAUCACGGUGGACAUCCAAGGCGUGCGGUUCCAGAUCGUCGUAAACGACCACUCAGACGACUGGGACGCGUAUCACGAAAAGGUGGACGAGUUCCUGCAGCAGCCCGCAUGGACCGAGGGACUCUCAGCAGGUUGGGAUAGGGGAUCCGUCUCACCGGUAGCGCCGCUGUUCUCGACGGUACCGCUGUUUCAACACAUCUUUGUCAAGGCGUUGGGCGAGGAGCCCGUCGGGGAGGUAUACCUUUGGAAUCUGGCACGGCCGUGGGAGCCCAUGGUGAAGGCGGCGGCAUGA